AUGUCAUCACGCAGACAAGCCCGAGGCGAAUACAUUGAGACGGACAGCGGGAACAAGGUAUCGCGCAAGGCCAACCUCCAGGGAACGCAAAACAUCAUGCUGGGUGGCAAAGCCGUGAUCCAACCCGAAGUCAUGAUCCGCGGCGACCUCGUACGAACAGCACCAUCAACAUCCUCUUCGUCAUCGUCAUCGGGCGGCGGCGGCAGCGGCGGAGCAGCAGCAGGAGCAGCAGGAGCAGCAGCAGCAGCAGGAGGAGGAGGAGGAGGGGGGUCGGCAGCACCGAAAGCACCGACGGCGCCGGCCAACACCACGGCCGUGGCCAUCGGUCGAUACUGCUUCCUGGCCAAGGGGGCUCUCCUCAGGCCCCCGGGGAGGAUGUACCGAGGUUCCUUCACCUACAUGCCACUCCGCAUGGGGGACCACGUCUUCGUCGGCCAGGGGUCCGUCGUCCAGGCCGCCACGGUCGGGAGCCACGUCCACAUCGGGAGGGGCUGCACCGUCGGCCAGUUCGCCAUCAUCAAGGACUGCGUCAGGAUCCUCGACGGCACCGUCAUCCCGCCCAACAUGGUCAUCCCCAGCUUCUCCAUCGUCGGCGGCCAGCCCGCCCGCCUGCUGGGGGAGCUGCCCGAGGGCGGCGGACAGGAGGACUUUGAGCUCAGGGAUCUGUACAAGACCGUCGGUAACAAUCCGCAGCCGCCGGCGCCGUGA